UUCCCCUCUAUCGCCCUCUCGCUGUCGCCUCGCUCGCCUCCGCCGACGCCGUAUAAAUAACCGGGCUUGUCGUUUCUGAGUCCCGCAUCUCGCCUUCGCGUCUCUCCCACGCCAUCGCGGGAUCGGAAGGUGGGGGAGUCUAUACGACGCUCCUUGUCGAUGGCGGCAGCGAGCCAAGCGAGCCUUCUACUCCAAAAGCAGCUCAGAGAUCUUAUGAAGAAUCCGGUGGAUGGCUUCUCUGCCGGGUUGGUGGACGAUAGCAACGUCUUCGAGUGGAGCGUGACCAUCAUCGGGCCGCCCGAUACUCUGUACGAUGGUGGUUACUUCAAUGCAAUAAUGAGCUUUCCUUCCAACUAUCCCAACAGCCCUCCAACUGUUCGAUUUACAUCAGAAAUGUGGCACCCAAAUGUUUACCCGGAUGGACGUGUUUGCAUAUCAAUACUCCAUCCACCUGGUGAUGAUCCAAAUGGUUAUGAACUAGCAAGUGAGCGCUGGAUGCCGGUACACACGGUCGAGAGCAUCGUUCUUAGUAUUAUUUCCAUGCUUUCAAGUCCUAACGAUGAAUCUCCUGCAAAUGUUGAAGCUGCUAAGGAAUGGAGAGACAGUAGGGAUGAAUUCAAGAAGAAGGUCAGCCGCAUUGUCAGACGAUCUCAAGAAAUGCUGUGAGAGAUCAGCCAGUGAUCGAUUGAAACCACGAAGGAGAUCGGUUGCGUGUCAGCAACACGUUUUCGAGAAAGUAUUUAUGGUGUGUGGCGAGGGGAUCUAUCUGGCAUAUCCUUCACAACUGGUGUUGAUUUUCGGUGGUAUGAUGGUCUCCUUUGAUCCUAGAAAAGAUCUGGUAAUGUUCUUGAGGUGGUUGUGUCAGUUUGUCAUGCAUUCCAAUGUUUUCCUAAUGUUCGACGACACUCGUAACUGUUAUAAGCAUCUUUACUUUCUAAAACGAUUUAGGUGUUAUUGCUUCCAGAUUUUUCUCUGAAUUGAGUUUAGUUUUCUGAA